CCGGGUAAGAGGGUUGGGGUCUGUGUGUGUUUGUGCGUGUGGGAACUGUUUGGAAAGCCUUGACUGCAGAUGUAGAGCUGUGGGGAAGGCUGUUCUGAUUAAAUCUCAGGAAAUUUGUGUGUUUUUUUAUAUAUAUAUAUUAAAACAAAUCGGGCUGGGAGAGGGGACACGAGAGAUACACAGCUUCCACAAACUGCAGUCAGAUUCUCAAAGUGCACAGCCCACCCCCAGGCCAGUAACUGGAAGGAGAGAGAGAAAGAGAGAGAUAGAGAGGGUUGGACUUGCAACACAGGCUCUCAGCACUGACAUACACAGAGAUUCUGGCAAAGAGGCGUGAGCUUCCAGUUAGCAUCAGCCACUGAGGACAUAUAGCAGUACAUUAGUGCUGAGGGUUCGGUGCUGGAAGCACAUAGAAAGGUCUCAGCUACAGUUGCAUGUUUGAAAACAAACAAGAGAGGAAAGAAAAGGGACACAUUUCCCCUUUGAAGUGCAGUGGUGGAUAUUCCGACACAGGGAGAAGGAGAGAGAGAGAGAGACCAUGGAGGAGGCGAGCAAUGGCACCCCGGGCGCUGUGGACAUUGUGACAGCUUGUCGUCAUGGCGAUGGUUCAGGCGAUGCCCAUAGCCUCUGAGCGACAGAAUUCAGACAGCGAGAACCAGCUGCGGCCGACGCGAGUGACCUCGCCCAGCGCCAUGGGGAGUGUGGGCAGCCUGGUGUCUGGACGUACCUACCUCGACAAGCACUGCCGGGCGACCGAGUACACCAGCAGGGGUCGGAAGCCCAACCAGGCGCAGAAGAUCUUCAGGCAGCCGGACGGACUCCUAAAAAAUGGCUACUCUCAGGACCCCGGCAGGAAGCUGUGCUCGGGAGCCACUAGGAACGGGGGCUUUGCCUGCGUGUGUGAGGAGCACCGGAACGGGGGUUGGCACGUCGCCGCCUUCUCCCCGGCCAGCCCGGAAAGCGACCACGAGGAUGUGCGGGACGGGAGAGCCGUCAACGGGAGCAUCCAGGGGCCCCCUCCCAAAAUCAUCCCGGUCUCGGGGAAACUGGAGAAGAACAUGGAGAAGCAGCUGAUCAGGCCCACGGCAUUCAGAGCGGUGUUGCCCAAAGCCCGAGCCCCCCAGCAGCACUCAGCCCCCCGACCCAGCAGCGACAUGUCCGACAGCCAGGGGAGCCUCAACCUGCUGUUUGGGGGGGGUUCGGUGGAGAAGCGCAGCUCACUGCAGGGUCCCGGGUGUCGGAGCAGCGUGCACUCUGGCGGGAGCAUGUCAGACUCGGGCAGGAACUCGCUGUCCAGCCUGCCCACCUACAGCACUGGCUGUAGUCACCAUCACCACCAGGGGGAGCCGGUCAGCAACUCAAUGGGUCACAUCAGCCUGGAGGGGUGUAGCGGGGGGCCGCACGGCUUCCAGGAGCGAGGGGCUACCGGAUUGUCAGCCUCGGACAGCGGGCGUUCCUCGUCCAGCAAGAGCACGGCCUCGCUAAGCGGACGGGGGCACCCGCUGUCGGACACAGGGUCUCGGGAGCGCUCCCCUCCUCCCCCGCCCUUGCCCCCGCCCUUGCCCCCCGCUGGCGGGCAGGGCCACGAGGGGCUGGCCAGGGAUCUGGAGGAGAGGCUGAGGGAACGGGAGUCCGAGCUACAACAGCUCAGGGAGAGCCUGGAGGAGAACGAGGCGGCCCUGUGCCAGAUCUACGAGGAGAAACAGAGACACAGUGAGCAGGAGCUGGAGGAGCUCAGGCAGGUCUGUGCCAGCAAGAUCAAGCAGAGCUCACAGAAGGCCCAGCGCACACACCAGGUCCUCCAACUCCAAGUCUUCCAGCUCCAACAAGAGAAGAAGAAACUCCAGGAGGACUUUGCCCAGCUGCUGCAGGAGCGCGAGAUCCUGGAGAAGAAGUGCUCGUCCAUCGAGAGAGAGCAAACCGAGCUUGGGCCCCGGCUGGAGGAGACCAAGUGGGAGGUUUGUCAAAAGUCCGGAGAGAUUUCUUUGCUGAAGCAGCAGCUGAAAGACUCUCAGGCUGAGACGGGGGCCAAAGGCAAUGAGAUCGUCUGUCUGAAAUCCCAGCUCCGCGAGCUUCAGGCCGAACUCCAGGACCACGAGGACCAGAUCCAGGAGUUCCAGGACGCGGUGAGGAUGAAGACGCUGGAGCUGGAGGUGUGCGAGAACGAGCUGCAGCGCAAGAAGAAUGAAGCUGAGCUCCUGAGGGAGAAGGUGAGGAGGAUGGAACUGGAGGCCGUGGGGUUGAGGGAGGCGCUGGGCGGCACAAGGGCCGGACUGGGCUCAUACCAGCAGGAGGAAGAGGAAGACGAGGAGGACUUCCUGGUGUACGAGAGCGACGAGGCCAAAGCCCAACGCAAGAAUGUGGACAACGUGCAGGCCCUGAGGCAGCAGCUGGAGAGGCUGAAGGCGGAGCUGAUUUACGAGCGGAGGAAGAGCGAGGACCAGAUGGACGGCUUUGAGGUGGAACGUCAGACCUGGCAGGAGGAGAAGGAGAAAGUGAUCAGGUACCAGAAACAGCUACAGCACAACUACAUCCAAAUGUACAGGCGGAACCGGGAGCUGGAAAGGGAGAUGAGGCAGCUGACCCUGGAGCUGGAAGCCAGGGACUUGGACGAUUUUGAGGUGCAAAACGAAGAGAUUCGGUUCGAGGAGAUCACGGCGACAGAGAUCUAGAGAGAGAGAGAGAAAAAAAAGAGACUUUUUAAACAAAAAGUAAAAGCGCCCUUGCCAAAUGAUUACAGUGCUCUAUUAUUACAGUGCCAACUUAACAGAAGUAAAUGGAGAGAGAGAGAGAAAAAAAAGCUUUAACGCAUCCGAAUUUCUGCAAUAUACGGAGCCGCAAUAACUGUGUGGAGUUAACUGGGCCUAAAUGUUGCCCUAAUUGCAAAUCCAGGGGUCUGUCUAUCUGCUGUUUAGAUGAUACUUUGAAGUCUUCCUUUCUUCGCUUUGAGAUCUCUCUGGUGUUUUGCAGUGUGUAUUGGUGUUGGAGUGGGGAGGGUUGGGGUGGGAGGGGUUGAAGGCAAAUAAAGAGGUCACCGAUGCAACGGCAGGGUAUGGUGGCAUCUGAGACCGGGUCUCGGUUGCUUAAUGAAUGUUCUCCGCUUGACCCGCUGAGCCUCCCUAUUCCAAAACCGCCACUUGUAACUUUACAGGGUGUCCUCCAAAGUCCCAUGUGUUUUUUUUUGGCCAGUGCACUCACUGACUCAACAACUGAAACAUGUGGAAGAAUGAUGAUAAUUGUUUUUAGAAGUGCAGUAAAACUCGCACCAGUCCAAUUGGUAUAAAUCGAAUAAUGGCCUAAGUCGUCCAUCUGCCUGAGCCUCGUUGGAUUUCCUAUUAUUUAUAAGUCUCACAUAAUUCGUACUUUGCAUAAGUCAGAUUCAAUAUAGGGUCUUGAUUGAUAAGACUUAUGUGAGCUUUACCGUAAUUAAUUGUAUUCAUUAGAAGUGUUUAACUGUAUUUAGACGUCCAGAGGAUGGGUGUGGGUGUGAGUGAGCGCCAUUAUUUAAUGGCAGAUAAUGAACCGCAUUCGGUUCAGCGUCUUCCGGAACACGGAGUAAGUGAGGAGAAGUUACUGGUGUCUGACAUUGUUACACUCGACUCAGCUGCAACAGAAAAUCAUUGUAUGAAAAGAAAACGGGGGGUGGGUAGGGCUGGGGGGUGGGGGCAUGACUUUGUGAACACCCUGUAGAAGUAAAGGCAGUCUGGCAAAGUCCCUGAAUCCAUAGCAAGUUCCUCCCUGGUGGUGGGGGUCAGGUCAGCUGCUCUUCACAAAGGAUCAGGGGCCAAAGCAGUGAUAGAAAGGGUACCCCAGAGUGCCAGGUCCUGACAGGGCCGUAGAAAUUAAAAUAAAACCUCCCAGCCUGGGAAGCGGUGCCCAGUCGACAGCAGAAGGGAUGGCAUAGAGGGACACGACCUUCUUGGUGAUGUAAUGCACCCAAGCCAGAUUGUCUUUGAACCACCGGUUUGAAAAUGAUAGCAGGAUUUUGUUUUAUUUCGUCGCUUGGGGUUAAAUGCACACCCAGGGUAAAUCAAGAGAAUCAUAGAAUCUUACAGCACAGAAGGAGGUCAUUCGGCCCAUCGUG